AUGAAUGUUAUUGAAAAUGCUGAAAAAGAAUGUGCCGUACUUGGCACAUUAUUUCAAGGAAUUGUCAAUGAAAUGAAGAAUAGUUCAUCAUUGUGGGAAGAUUUAGCAUCAAAAGCAAACAGAAUGCAUAUUCAACUAAAAUCAACGAUUAUUACUUUUAGUCUUUUUCUUGAUGCUUUUCAACGCAUUGCUGAUUUAGCAACAAAUACAAAAGGUGCAACUAGAGAAAUUGGUACAGCAUUAACACGUUUAAUUUUACGUCAUAAAUCAAUUGAACAAAAAUUAAAAUCUUUUACAAGUUCAUUAGUUGAAACAUUUAUUCAACCAUUAAAUGAACGUAUUGAAGAAUGGAAAAAAUCAGCAAAUACAUUAGAUAAAGAUCAUGCUAAAGGUCUCAAAGAUUACAAAAAAUUGCGUAAUGAACUACGUAAAAAAGCAACUGAAACAGCAAAAUUACAAAAAAAAUGUCGAAAAUUACCAAAACAUGAUACAUUACAUAAUAAACUUAACUCAGCUAUACAAGAAGUAUCAAAUUAUUAUGGAAUGUUAGAAGAACGUGAAAAACAAGCAUUACGUUCAGCAAUGAUUGAAGAACGAAGUCGUUUUUGUACAUUAUUUACUUUAUUAAAACCUGUCAUGGAACUUGAAAUUUCACUUGCAUCAGAAAUGAGUCAUAUUGAAGAUCUUGUUCAAUAUUUAGCUAAACAUACAACUGAUCCACAUUGUUUACCAACAGCUAGUGAACAAGUUAUUAAAGAUAUUAAAGGCAUUGAUUACAGUACAAUCGUUGCAUUUAAAACUCCACCAUCAUCACCGGGUUCAUUAAGUUCACGUAAAUCAAGUGUUUGUUCAAUAAAUAGUAUUAGUAGUUCAUCGUCAAGUUCAACAAAUAAUUCACAUAGUCCAAGUCAUAAACAAAUACAAAUACAACAACAAUCACAAGUACCUAUACCAAUUCAACAUCAAUUUUGUCAGUCAAAUAAUAAUAAUAUUAGCAAUACUAAUAAUCGAUCAUCAUCAAUACCUUCAAAUGUAGCUGUAAGUCGUUUGUCAAGUGUAUCAUCUCAAGAUUCAGGUUUUACAUCACAAGAACAGUUUUUUGCUCGUCCACCAUCACCACUUGAAGAAGCAGAACGUGAAGUUGAUGGAAGUUCUAGUCCGUUAUUAGUUGUUUGUUCAACAUUAAAUGCUUGGGCUAAACGACCUGAAAUUCCAUCGAAUUGUAAACAUCCGGCAACAGUAACCGGUGCACCUGAACCAGUAAAAAAUUGUCGACCAGCGAUAACAGCACAUACAUUUGAUCCACCAUCACCUAGUUUAUUUGAAAAACCAAAUUGGCAAAUCUAUGAAGAAACAAAUCGUCGAACUACAACAAUUUCGGAAGAUGGUCUUUAUGGUGCAUUAUCUCGUCAACAUUCAGUACCAUCUCGUCGUUGUCGUAUGCGUGAUCUUAGUUUAGAAAGGUAUUCACCUAUGCGUGAACAACAUUAUCAAUCAACAUUAAGUAAUAUUUCUAAUGGACGUGUUAAACCUACUCAACCACCAACUGUACCCCAAAAUUAUUAUGGUACAAUUACAAAUCGACUUAGUCCAGAAGAUAUCAAUCAACGUUUACGAAGUUCGACAUUACCAACUGAACCAGUCGCACCUGAUACACGAACAAUAGUAUGGCGUGAACGACAACGUCAAAAUGGUAUUGGUUCUACAUCACAAUAUGGAACUUAUUACGGUAGACCCUCAUUUGAAGCAGCUGAUGAAACACUCGAUGAAAUGUACGAAUAUUUAACAAAAAGUAUUCAUUCAUCUAAUAAUCAACCACAAAAAACUGAAACACUUCGUCGUGGUAUGUCAAUAGCUUUAAAUCAAAAUGAAAAACCACCACCGCCACCAAUACGUCGUACACCAUCAAUGAAUACAAAUUGUUAUCAACAACAACAACAAUUCAAUAAUGGUUAUAUUGAAUUACAAUCACGUCUUAAAGCUCGUUUAAAACGAGCUGAAGAAAUAGCCAAUCAAGUUGAUUUAAUUAAUUCUCAACCACAGAAAACGACAACAGUAACAAAAUCAAUAACAACAACAACAACAAUUGUUUCACAAUCAAAUAAUGCUGAUGAUGAUUUCCCACCACCACCACCUGAAUUUCUUCUCAAUGAUAAUUCAAAACAAUCCUCAGUAUCAACGACAACACCGCAGCCACCACCACCAACAGUUCAUUCAUCAUUACUUGCGGAAAUUCAGCGUGGUUUUAAAUUACGUAAAACGGUGAUUAAUAGAGAUACAUCAGCGCCACGUAUAAAAUAA